GACCUAAUUGAACUCUACGUCGAGAAGACUUCCGCCCUGAAUCAAAUUGUCCGUGUCGAAAAUACAUGAGCGAUCAUGGCUAGUUCCAGUCAUUUUGUCGUUUUAUUUGGCAUCAUUGGACUUGCUCAUGCAUCCUACUCAGCCGCACAACAUCGAUCGUAUCUAAGAUUAACAGAGCAAGAAUUUACCAGGUUACCAACUGAUAUCUUUGUUCAGUGUGUAGUCAGUUUACUAGUGACGUGUUACGGGGUGAUAAACAUAGCAGGAAAGUUCAGGGAGAUACGAGCCACGGUGGAAUUAGAAUCAAGAUCGAUGGAUACGUUGUGCAACAGACCAUCAUUCUACUGCUUUUCUCAUAGAGGUCAGGUCUUACACCAAGCAGAAGAAAACCAACAUGGCUGAUCAGUCAUGACCUUUGAACUUUGAUAGCACUCUAACCUGAUUGGUCAAUACCAUCCUAUCAAUGGCCUACUAUAGUCGUGAGAGAUCAUGUGACUGGAACAAAAGUUGCUCUGAUAAUUAAUAAUAAUAAUUACGUUUGUAUGUUUGUACUGGGAACAAGCAUUGCCAUUCUCGUGCAUAACCUGAUCAGUUGCUUGAUACAUCUUAGCUGGCAAAUUUCUUUAGGGUUUAUUUUCAACUGGUCUCAUGCCAAUUCAUCCAAUUACCAACUCGCCUACUAUCAUUUGGUCUACCAUCAGUUCAUCCACUGUCCACAUGGUCUAGUAGCCAUUUCGUCAAUUCAUCAUUUCUUCAGAUAUUCAGUUAGUCCAUAAGCUUGGACCAAGUGUUAAUUGGGGGAUAUGAAUGAAAAGAAAAUGGAUAUUAGACCAACUGGUCAUGAGAUGAAAUAGUCAUAGACGAACUGGUGAUUAGACAAAGUGAUGAUUGGACCAAAUUGUUUUUGGACCAAACGGUUGUUAGAUGGAUUGUUGAUGGACGGAAUGGCAUUAGAUUAAAUGAAGUUUGACCAUGUGCCAUGUGGAUGAGUUGGCAGUAGAUCAAUUGGCAAUUUCCCAUUUCUAUUUACAUACGGGCAAUCCAUAAAUAUGUAUAUCCUACCCUCUAUAGUUAGGACCUUCUUAAAAUUAUUUGUCUCUGUUUUUUUUUUUAAGUUCUGCUUAUUAUGCUUUCAAAUGAUUUUGACUUGGGCAGUUUACAAAGUGAAGUAAAAAAUGGAGGAAAAUGGCGAUUGGUUUCUGUUUCUACAAAAAAGGUAGAUUUAUAAAAAAAAAUGAGAUUGCCCAUUUAUGACUAUUGAGGGGGUGUAGUCUUUGAUGAAAUGAAAGCUAUUAUACCACCAUUCUCACAGGUCCGUAUUCUCAAGAGGUUUCAGUUGUACCAUGGUACAAAACCAUGGAAUAUGCAUAUUAUUAUGCUAUUUCAUUGCGCACAUUAAUACAUAUCCAUUUAUAAAUGCACAUAUUUGGCAAAGGGCACUACAGUCAUGCUUGAAUGAAUUGGGAUAAUACAUGACAUCUGCAUAUUUCCAUGGUUUUGUACUAUUGUACAAUUGAAACCUCUUUUGAGAAAACGGGCCACAGACUUUGGGCUCACUUUGUCAUGAAAUCAUUUCCUAUUUGGCAAGGACUUAGGCCGUGUUUAUGCUUCCAUUUUUCAGGCCAGAAUCAGCGUUUCCAAACGUGGUUAGUCGAAAACACGGUUGCGUCCAUGCUUACUU